UACAGUCAGAGUGAUUCUUGCUAAGAUGUGUUUCUUAAGCCAUAAGGCUGGCCUCCUUGGGGAAGGCCUGAUAUUUUCAAGCUGAUUAUGUGAAGUUGCCAAAAUGCCAGCUAAACGUGAGGUGCAGUUGGAAAAAUGCAUAGAUGAUGCCACAAGAAAAAAUAACUUCCAGUUAUUAGAACAAUUUCUGCAAACAGAAGGAUGUGAUAACAUUUCUCAUAAGUGCAGCAAACAGUUUUUCAACAAAUUUGACAAACUUAUAUGCCGGGAACUUGACAAACAAGAAGUCAAGAAUGUUUCAACUUUGCUAAAUUCUCUUCAGAAAUAUGGUAAAAAUAUCAUCAUACCAGGUGGAGAUGGUUUUCAAGCAAUGAUCAAAUAUGGUCUUGUUGAAAAGAUGGUUAGUUGGUUUGAAAAGGCAAAAGAAAUUCUGAUAUUUAGAAGAAAUGAAAAAAAUGAAGCACUUACAAGUCUAGUUGAAGAUUUCUUCGAUGUUUUGAUGCUUGUACAUGAUACCAACAGUGAAGGUAAAAUACAAACAUUAGAAAGCUUUAUACUGAGAAUAUGUACCCUUGUUGCUGAUGUAAGAAUCAAUAUUUAUAUUCAGCAAGAGGCUGUAAGAAAACUUAAUUCAAUGCUUGAUACUAUGCCUCGAGAAGCCAGAAAAAAAAUUAUUUCCACGAAGGAAAUGUUCCUUGUCAUGAAUGAUAUGGGAAAGAGAAUUUUAGAUGCUGGAGACUAUGACUUGCAAGUAGCCAUUACUGAAGCUUUAUGCAGAAUGACAUCAGAAAAACAAAGAGGAGAACUGGCACGCCAGUGGUUUUCUAUGGAGUUUGUGACCAAUGCAUUUAAAGGAAUUAAGGACUCUGAGUUUGAAACAGACUGCAGAAAAUUUCUUAACCAGGUGAACGGAAUGCUUGGAGACAAAAGAAGAGUUUUUACAUAUCCUUGUUUGUCAGCAAUCCUUGAUAAAUAUGAGCUACAGAUACCUUUGGAUGAAAAUCUUGACGAAUUUUGGAUUGAUUUUAAUGUUGGUAGCCGAAGUAUAUCCUUCUAUGUUGCAGCAGAUGAUGAAGAUCAUCAAUGGGAAACAGUCAGCAUACCUGAAGAAGAGGUAGAAAUGUACAGUCUUGAAGAAAAAGAGUCAAAGAAGUUACUAACAAUAAUUCUAAAAAAUCCAGUAACUGUGGGUAAUCAAGAAGGGGAGCAAAUGUUCCUAUAUUUUGAUCCUGUCUUGGAAAUCAUGGAAGUGGCCAGAAAGGUUUAUGGUACGAAUAAAUGUAAGGGAUUUACCAAGAAGCAAGCCACAUCAGUUGCCAAAACAUCAGUACAUAUAAUUUUUGAUGAAAGUGGAUCACAGGUUCUUGUACCAGAAAGUCAAUUGUCACCUUGCUUGAAAGAAAAAUCAGGAAUGGAAGGGAAAUCCAGUAAGUCUGUAAAACAACAACUUCCUGUACAACAAAGGAAUUGGAAUAUAAAAACUAACCAAGAGAACUGCAAAAAUAUUCAAUCUAAGAUUACUACACCUACUAAAAGGAAAGUGUCUGAAGCAUCAGUGAUUGUCCCAGGUACUGGUAGACUGCCUCUGAGGAGCCCAUUGGUAUUUGUCAAUUCGUCAACUCCCCGAAAGGCCCGCUUUAAACUGCCUUUGCAAAUGAUGAGCUCUUCUGAAAAAAAUAACAUUACCAGAAUAACUGAGAGUGGAAUAAAUAAUUUAGAUCUAGAGCAUACUGGACCACAUAUAUCUUCUAUAGCUGACUCUCUUAAAAGGCGUAAUGUUGCUGCAGAAAAAGAGCAUAUGUCAGCUGAAAAAGUUUUGGAAAUGAUACAAAAUGAGGCAGACAGUGAGACCAGCCAAAAACAAACACUACAUGAACUAUUAGAUAUUGUUCCUGAUUCUCAGCCAGUAGGCAGAAAUGACAAACCUUUAUUGCCUGGUCUUUUGGAAAGUUCUGCUGAUGAAAAUAAAAUCUGGAAAAAACAGGCAUGCUCUGUACCUGAGAAGCUUAUAACAAAGUGUGACAAGCAGAAGAGAAGUACAUCAUCAGGACAUACAUUCCAACAAGUUCCUGGUCUCAGUGAAAGAGCUGCCAAACAAAAAGCUUUCUAUUCAAUCUUUGAAAGUACUUCUCCAAAACAACAAGCUCAGAGCAGAAAAAUAUCAAAGAAGCAACAAAAUGAAACCGAAAAAACAGAAGAAAACUGCAUAAGACACAGAGGACAAACGCUAAACAGUUCUAACCAUUUAGAACAGAAAAUACUAAGUACAGAGGCAAAAGAAGUUCCCACCACACCCGAAACAUCUUUUAAUUCAGUUUAUCCAACUAAAAUGACUGAAAAAUCUCUGGGAUCUUCAAUGAAAUUAGUGUUGGCCAGAAAUUCUAAGGAAGAAGUUGAUGUUUCUCUUAAAAAAGGGACUACAAAUCAUAAAAAAUCUGAGAUGAAAGCAAAAUCUAAAGAAAUGGCUGAACCAAUAGAAUCAAUAAUAAGUAAAAUCAGUGAAAGAUAUAAACAAAAGGAUGAUAUCGAACAGGCAAGAAAAGCAAGAGAAUUUUUAGCUAAUAACAGGUCAUGUUUAAAUAAGUCUGGUUUCAAAGUCAAUAAGGAAAAAGUUCAGAAUAGAAGCUGUAGAAACGUAAAAACUAGAGCUGUGCUUAAUAUGACUACAGGACAUAUUGUGGAUGAUGUUUACAAUUUUAACUUAAGUGGAUUUGAUGAACCUACGAUAAAGCUUGGAGGCCAAGAAUUACAUGUUACUAACCUGAAGGCUAGUACAAAUCUGACAGGAAAAAAGAAUCCUGAUGAAAGCAAAAGUACCAUCCAGAAAAAAGUAGAUAAUAAAAAUAGAACUAAUAAAAAUAAGAAGCAUCUCUUUAGUGACACUGACACAGAAUACAGAGGUGAUGACAGCAAGACAGAUAUCAGUUGGCUACGAGAGUCUAGCAGAAAACCUAAACCCCAACUAAUAGACUACAGCAGAACUAAAAAUCUGAAGAAAUCUAAAAGUAUAGAAGCAACAGAUACGUUCUGUGACCCUGCAUGUCUGAUGGAUAUAUCUGAAGGGAAAAAAACAAAAAAUAAAAAGGUACCAGUUAGUAAAAAACAAAAUACAAAAGCUGAUGAGAGAAUAAAACAGACAACCAGACCAAAAUGGCCUCGAAGAGCAGCAUUAGCAAAAAAAAGUUAUAAGGAUUACUCAAAUUCAGAGUCAGAGAGUGAACAGGAAUCUUCACAGUGCUUACGUAGGAAAGAAAAAUUCAGAGUACAGCAAGAGCACAAAAAUGGCCAAAACAAAGCUGUGAGUCAACACAAGGAACUACAGAACAAUGUUUCUACAGAGCCAAAAAAGGGAAUAUCAAGAAAUCAACAGCAAAUAUUUGCUAAAUCAAAAGACCCUAUAAAACAAAGAAAAUUAGAAAUGUCAUCAGUAGCCUCACCUGAAAGCCCAGCAUCUGUUGAGACGAUGAGAUGUGCUGAAAAAGUACCAGAGGAAGCAUUUACCCAGGAACAGGUUUCCUUGAAAAGAUCAUCAUCAUCAUCAUAUCUUCAGGACUCAACACCAGAAAAGAGGGAGUCCUUACGCAUUGUGAAAGGAAUUUCAGCUAACAAGCUUUAUACAACAAAAAAGAAUAAGCAAAGUAUACAUCUAAAACAAUCCCCUGAAAAUGUCAAAAAGUUGGUAUUUGGAAAUGAAAGUUUAUCACCAGUUUUAAGUCCACUUUCUUUGCCUACUCUGACUCCAGUAACUAUGGACAAAGCUGUCACGAGUGGAAAAGACACAGAGGUUACUGAACCUGAGGUGGAAAUAUGUGAUAUUAGUGAGGCAGUGAAUGUUACGAAUUACCUUUCAGACAAACUCUCCAUUACCGCAGAACUGAAAGAUCUUACUAAAAAUAUGCAAAAUAAAGGAGAGGAAUCUGUACCUCCAUCUCAAUUAUGCACUUCCAGUGGAAGCAGAGAACAGUCAUGGUGUGAAGAUCCCUGUGGCACCAUACAUGAAUCCGGGCCUACAGUUCAAGUGAAUCUCAAACGAAUGUACCACAGUGAUGCAGAAAGUGAUUCUGAUGAAGUGGAAAUGAGGAAGGAAGAAGAAGAGAGAAAAACAAAGCUUCUCCCUAGAAAAUUAUUUAAAGCAGAUGAUGAUACUGUGUAUAAAGAGAAAUCCAUAAUGCAGUGUGCAAGGACUCAUUCCUUUUCCAGAAAUGGGAAGAAGUGGGGUGCAACAAACGAAAUAACUGUGUCCGAGAGCAUCUCUACUGUGUCUGUAAAUGAAUUGUCUCUUUUGGAUGGAGAGGUCUGCGACCCUGGUUGUUCAAGUAUAGGGAUAGGUCAGAAGCUCCAUAAGGAAUUUACUAGGAAAAUUCAGAGCCGCUCAAGAAGAAUGGACCACUUUACCAAGCAAUCCUUGAAAACAGCUCAGCAGCAUUUGACAACAGUGAGUUGUCAGUUGCAUGAAUGCAGGAUCAAGCAGCUGGACAAAUUUCAUUUCACCAUCGUAGAGGAGCUUGAGAGUUUUGAAAAAGAUUCCCAAUCUUUGAAAAAUAUGGAGAAAGAAUUAUUGAACUUUUGGAAAAAACAUGCACUUACGUUUAGUGCUUGCAAGAAAAAUGAACAGCGGAGGAUUCAGAUUCUUAAAACUUCAUUUGAAAAGCACAUCUCCCACAGUGUUAACUAUGAGGAAAAUAUUUUUACUUCUGAGAUGCAUCUAAUGAAAGAAGACAUGAAAGGGCUUCAAGAGAAGCUUCUUAAAGAAAUGCAUGAAGAGGAGCUGUUUAAUGUUCGCAGAGGAUUGCAGACACUGUUUCUGGCAGAAGGGAGAAAAUUCUAAUAUCGUAAAUUCAUAUAUUUUUGAAAAUGUUUGUUUAUAUUAAGAUUACUUUUUACCAAUGAGAAGUUUUGACAAUUGCAUAUUUACUGAAAGCUUUUUAAAGAAGUGCUAUUUUAAAAGGAUCUUCAUAUACUAAAUUAGGAAUAUUUAUUAACAAGGGGUCAUUUUAAAAGGUUUAUUUAUUGGCAUAGAAAAAAGGAGUAAUUUGCAAUUAAAACUGAAGUAAGUGUCAUGUUUUAGAUUUGCAUGUGUACAUAGGACUUCUAUAGCAAUUAAUAGGAGCUGUGUUGUACAUAUCCAGACACAGAAUUUGACCAUACAUUCUUUAGCACAUGAAAAGGAGAUCAAAUGGCAUUUUUGAAAGUUGUAUCCUAUUUACUUAUGGUAUUAGCUUUCAGUUGGAAUUUGUCAUUGACUAAAAAUGUUUUGUAAAAAUAUAUAUAUGUUUUAACCAUAUUGAAAAUGUGUAUUAAACAUUUCAGAAAAAAUAUACUUUGUGUCUUUUUUCACAUUUACAAAUUUGUGGCAUUAUCACAAGGCCUAAGCAAACUGGUGCAUAUUUUAGGCCAUUUUGAACUCAAAGUCUCUGUAAAUCUAUGAUUGGUAAAGCUCUCUAAAACAGAUCGUCCAGGAUGGCCUGCCCUUUGUAUAGAAAUACAUCACAUUAACCAGACUACAUCUUCCUUUUUUUCCCCCUAAACCACACCUGACUAAAGAUGAGACAGUAUUGCACACACUCAGUGUCAAGAGGACAUUAGCUUUUUACCUGGACAGGACUAAGCCAUUUAGAAAAUCUCCCAUGUUGUUUGUGUCUAUUGCUGACAGGUCCAAGGAAUCUCCAGUUUCCAAUCAAAAACUCUCUGGAUGGAUAUCUUUUGAUAUCAUUCUAAUGAUCUCCAACCUCUUCCUAAAGUACUAGGUCUCUUUCUGCUUCAGCAGCCUUUCUUAAGAAUGUCCUCAUAACUGAGCUGUGUAGAGCUGCAACUUGUAUCUCCAUAUGCACUUUUUCUAAACAUUGUGCAGUAAUUCAGACUUGGCUUUAGAUGCCAUGAUUGGCUCUACUAUACUAUCUUCCCUUUUGGACUCUAUUCAGAAGUCUAUUUCCAUUCCACUAGAGCAGUGGUCCCCAACCUUUUUCGUCUGGCAGAUGCCAGACGACGAGCCACGGAGGACCCUGG